AUUGAAUUCAGACCCAUCCUAGCCUUAUCCUUAACUCCCGUAUAUUUAUUGGCCUCUAAUUUCACAGAAUUAAACAUACAUCUCCUAUAUUUAUUAUAUGCAACAUGCAUCCUGCAGCAGUUCCCAUGGUAUCCAAACUUUCGGGGAUGAUUCUAUUAUUUCCAUUUUCCAUACCAUGUUCUCUAAAGGACAUUACUACACACGAUGUCAACUUGUCAUGUCCCCUCAGAAUUUUGGAUUUGAACCACAGAAGAGGUUCGAGUCUUUCAUGUGCAGCAAGAAGGCAGGUUCGAUAUCAAGAUGGGGAUAUUGAUGAUGAUGAAUAUGGGCACAAUAAGGAAAUUGCAAUGUUGGAGUUGUACAGUCAAUCAGCAAGAGAUGAAGUACUCUUUGUUCAUGCCAUUGUGGACCAAGAGGAAGUAGAUGUGCUCAUCUUCAAGGGCCUUUCUUCAAGCUUGAGCUACAGUACCUCCCCAGAUUUAACUAGAAGCAUUCUACCAGAAAGGGCAGUGAUAAAGACCAUAGAUAGAAUCAAAGGGCCUUUCGACCCUAACAAUAUAGUGUACCUGCAAAAAGAUGUACCAUGGGAAGAUUUCAAGACAAAUCUGCUAUCUAAUUAAACCAGGUGUGUUGUGAAUGAACGAUUUGUCCCAAAGGUCGGGAUGAUUUUCUAAGACACUAGAAGAAGGCAGAAAGUUCUACAAAGAUUAUUUCAAACUUUCCAGUUUUUCUACCAAAAUAAGGAACCCGACUCGGAAGGGAGACGUGAUUAAGAAUCAACUAAUCGUAUGCAGUAGAG